UCAUUUCAAAAUAUAUUUCUCUUUACGAUUUGUCGUGACGGCAACCCGACGCGUGCCGUCCUUGUGCGCUGUUAGUACGUGGAAGAGUGUUCCAAGUGUUGUUUUGUUCAUUCAUUCAAUCCAAUGGCGCAUAUAUUCGGUGGUGACGACGACGACGGGAAUUAAUUUUAAUUGAAAUUCGUCCGUUCUUAAUAAUUAAAAAAAAUACGUUAAUUUUGCCACUUAACAACUGUACCAUACACCUAUUAAAUAUGAAUAUAUUUUUUCGGAAACACUCUUGAUAAUAGGUCUCCGUGCGGUACUAUCGCCACUCGGACGGCCCCCAAAGUUAAUUUUUCGUCUUGUAUUUUCUUCUCUUCUAGUUUUAAAUGUUAAAUAUUUUUAAUUUGUAAAGAUUUAUUUUGUAUAAAUGUGUAUAAAAUUAUUCGUCGCGUUUUAACUGUUACGGAAAUAUUUACUAUGGGUAACCAUAAUAGUUUUAAUUUAAACCACAAAGAUCAUCUACAUAAUGCAAGGAUUAACUCACUUCAUAAAGAUCCAACUCUCAGUAUGUUACCAAUGGAAAAACUUGGAAAGUUACUUGUACAAAAAAGUCUUGAAGAAGAUGCAAUAAAUGGAAUUGGCUGUGGUGUUUUUAAGCGUUAUUUAUUUCCUCAAUAUCCAGAGAUGGCCCGAAAAUUGUUUGCAUUUUUAGUGACUUCUUCUGGAGGUCCUGCUUCAUCGCAUGUAAUUAGUUAUACUAAUUUCAAAACUCAAACUGAACGUUUACUAAGUGUAUUGGCUGAUGACCGCCAAGUAUUAAUGUAUGUUAUGAUGUACGCUGAUGGAAAAGAGGAGAUUCGUCAAGAUCAGUUUCAGGAUUUAUUGUUAGCUGUAUACAAAUUGGCGAUGGAUCACUAUCCGGAAGGACCCCAAUCGUGUCGAUAUAUAUUCAAAACUGUGCAAGCUAUUGUAGACUCAGCUUUCCAUAAAAAAAUUACGCUCAAAGUAGGUUAUUUAACCAAUUGGAUCCUUCAACAUUGUCCACGGUUGAUUGUGUUGCUUCAUCGGUAUAUUGUGCACAUCCUAUCCACUGGCUAUCGGUCUGUGAUUGAAAAGUGUCCAUAUUCCAAACCAAAUGAUCUCGAGUUGACAACUCCGGUUUUGGAAAAAGAAAAUGUUUUCAAAGCUGAGAAAAAUCCACUAUUGCCUUUAUCUCAAGUAUGGAUAUUGUCAACUACCUUACCAGCGUUGUACACCCAACCUAUUUUGCAUUCCAAACCAACGCCAAAUUGCUUUAAUACACAAAAUUUCCUAUCAAAAUUCUUGGACUUUUCGUGUCCAUCACAUUGGACACUUUUGUACAACAGCAAUCAACAUGGUAUCGGAAGUAAUAGAUUUCUACAUCACGUGUUAAGUUACCGAGGACCAACAUUGACGUUCCUGCGUGGCGAUGAAGGUGUCCUUUUUUGUGUUGGUGCUACUACUGAAUGGCGAGAAUCGCAUCAAUAUUGGGGCGGAGAAGACUCUAUCAUAUUACAACUACUUCCUCAAUAUAAAGUGAUAAAUCGUGGCCCUAAAUCUAUGUACUUGAAUACGUCAAUACGUGGAUAUCCUAAAGGUAUUAGAGCCGGUAAUGAUCCCAGAAAACCAGCUAUACAAGUUGACGAGUCUUUUCAGUAUGUAACUCAUUACGAAGUACCUUAUAAACUAGAAAGCAUUGAAGUAUGGGGUUGUGGUACUGCAAAAAAUCGUGAAAUGCAAAUUGAUAUUAAAACGUGGCAGAUUAAGGAAGUAGAGAAAAAUCGAACUCUAAAAAUGACAUCUAAAGAAUGGCUUGAUCAUCCUGACCGGUACUUACUAGAAUUGGCUGGAAGACAAUCAUACUCUACUACAUAAAAUUAUCACCAAACUAAUGUACAAAAAUCUUCUCAGUCCUAUAAGCCAAUGUUACUUUUAAAGUGUGAAUGUGUGUACAUAAUUGGUAUUUAUUAAUUUAUGAAACUCCAUAAUUUCCCGACGUACUUACAGCUACAAGAGUAUUAUUUUAUCAGUAUUAACUCAGUAUCAAAUAAAAUAUUUUGUUCUAUUUUAUUCAAAAUUUUGACUAUAAUUUUCAAAUUAAUUAAAAUAUUUAAUUUAAAUAUAAUCCAAAAAUAAAUAAAUAAAAGAUUGGACUCGAAAUUUUAUCAAAAUUUAAUUAUUUUUAAUUUUUAAAUAAAAUUAUUAAAAUCUAAUAGACUGUUUCAAUUUUCUAAAACAGGAAUAAUAUUCUUGUGUCAAGUGAUAAGCCUGUGAUACAUCCUAAAGCUCAUUUAAUAAUUAUGUUAGCAAUUUUUUUAUUAUAUUAUCGACGAAUUUAAAAGCGAGUCUGAGGGAUUUUAAAUCUCAAUUUUCUUGAAACAUCAUUUUAAAAAUAAAUUUUGUAAUGUUUAUGUGAAUUAUUAUUUUUUGUGUGCUUGUGUGUUUAAAAAAACUAAGC